AUGUCUACAACUUUCACACCUGAUCAAUAUCAGACUACAGACAAUGAACCUACAGAAGCAACUGCAGUACCAAGAUCUGAUUCAUGGCCAAGUCCAAGUACAACAAUAACAUCACCUUCAUCAACUCAUACUUCAUCAAAUGAUAAUUCAUAUUCAUUUAUUGGUAAUACACCAUCAUCAAUAUUAUUUUUUGUUGCAUUAGCAGUUGGAGUAUUUAUUGGAUUUUUAUUUAUUUAUUUCACUAUAAGAUAUUUUGUAAGAUCUAAAUAUGGCAUAGCAGUUAUACCUAUAGGAAGAAGAGGUAUUUCAAGAAUACCUGGUGGAUCUGGACCUGGGUCAGGAUCAGGAGGAGGAAGUGGAGGAUUAAAUGAACAUGCAUUUGCUCAUAUUUUUACAACUAAUGAAAUUCAAGAACAACUAAAUCGAAAUGAUUAUAGAUAUGAAUUAGUUGAACAAACUUUAAGUAUGAGAAAUGAUAGAAAUAAUGGUAGAAAUAGAAGAAGAAGAAGAAGAAGGAAAAUGAAAAAAUUAUCAGAAAUUGAAGUUGAAAAAUUAUUUCCUAAAAAGACUUAUUUGGAUUGGUUAGAAGGUGGUAAAGAAAGAGAUGUUGAACAUCGAGAUGGUAUAUUGGAAGAAGAACCUUUGCAGCAGCCACAAGAACAAGAACAAAACAAUGAAUCUAUUAAUUCUUUAUAUACUGCAAGAGAAGAAAAUGAACAAGAAAUUGAAUUAAAAAAUAUUAAAAAUAAUAAUAUAACUUAUAUUGAACAAGAUAUAACAGAUUGUAAAACAAAAAAUGAUGAUCAUAGUUUACAUUUUGAUUCAGGUUCUUGUGCUAUAUGUUUAGAAAUAAUUGAAAAUGAUGAAAUUGUUCGUGGAUUAAUUUGUGGUCAUGUAUUUCAUGCAAUUUGUUUAGAUCCUUGGUUAACAAAAAGAAGAGCUUGUUGUCCUAUGUGUAAACGAGAUUAUAGAUUUAAAAGAGAUUAUCAUUGUAAUGAUAAUGAUGAAAAUAACAAUAGUAAUAAUAAUGUUAAUGAUGGUAAUGAUUUAAUUAAUGAUUUGACUCAAGUUGAAAGUGAUAGAAGUUUAGAUUUUGAAGAAAUAAGAAAUGAUCCAGCUAUUCAAGCUCUUUUACAAGAUUUAAUUCCAAUUGAUGAAAGAGUUAGAAUUAUUUUAAAUGAUGAAAAUUAUUCUCAUUUAAAUCUUGAUGAAAGAGGUAAAGAAAUUUCAAAAAAGAAAUAUGGUCAUUUUUUAAAAAGAUUAAUGUGGAAAUUUUUUGGUAUUACUAAAAAUGAUUUAUAUAAUUGGGCAGUAAUGGAAAUUGUUAAAAAAUAUCGUAGAGAAAAUUCUGAAAAUCAACAACAUCAAGAUAGUUCCACGGGUCAAUCAUCAGAACAAGAACAACAAGAUGAACAACAACAGCAGUCGUCAGAAUCAAAUGCAUCAGAACAGCAGCGUUUGGAAGUAACUCGGGAAACGGUCGAAAAUAGGGUAUAA